GAGCCUGUAAACACACAACCUGAGGUCUAGGUGAGGUGAAAGGCAAACUCUUUCCGUUAUGUGGGUGGGGCAGUACGAGACUCGGCAUGCUUUGCACAGUGCUGUAUGCUAACUGGAAGUCCUGGGCAUCUCAGGAAAUAUACUGGCUAAGGAAUAACCAGCUACCUAUCAAAGGUCAAGGGGUAGCUUUACAGAGCAGAGACCAGAAGAGCGCUAACAAGGAGAAAUGGAAGAAGCACGAAACACACCCCAGGCUUGCCAGGACACAAAGCCCAAAGAGAAUGAAGGUGACGAGGAGGCAGCAGAAUGCAUGUCAACCACUGGCAGUCCUGCAAGUGCUGGAGUCUUUGCGAAGCGGCUCCAGAGGCAGUUCAGCCGGGCUCAGGAGAAGGUCUUACAGAAGCUGGGGAAGUCAGAAGAAACCAAGGAUAAAGACUUUGACCUGUGCUGCCAGAACCUGAACAAACAGCAGACUAACGGAAACAGGCUAUUCAAAGACCUAAAGGCAUACUACAGUUCUGUGAAAGUUAUGCGCGACACGUCCAAGCAGCUGUCACGCACGCUAAUGGGUAUCUACAGCUCUGACUUAGAAAGAGAGGAGGACCUAUCUCUCGUUAUGGCGAAGGAGGAGCGUCUGUGGAGUAACUUUGAGGAGAAGCUUGCAGAUGGUUGCAUCCGUAUCAUGGAUAAUUACAUGAAUCAGUUCCCGGAAAUCAAGGAAAAGGUGGCCAAGCGAGGCAGGAAGCUGGUGGACUAUGACUCCUCGCGCCACCACCUGGACAUGCUGUAUAACAGCAAAAAAAAAGACGAGGCCAAAAUAGCCAAGGCACAGGAGGAUUCAAACUUAGCUGGAGAAAUAUUUCAUGACAUCAACACAAAGCUGGGGGAGGAACUGACAGCUCUCUACCAGAGUCGCAUUGGAUGCUACAUAGAGGUCUUUGAAAACAUCUCAAGUUCAAGGGACAUUUUCUACCACGAAAUGUGCACGCUAAACCAGGAAGUGUUCAGCGUCAUGAAAAGUCUUGAGGCUCAGUAUCCUGAUGAGGUGUCCACCAUUAGAGCAUUGCAAUGCUCUGGUUCCAAAAAGAGGCGAUCCCGUGUACUGUCCCCCAUAAAAACUACCUUUCCAGCUUUGACGCGGAAAUUUAGUUUCCGGCAGAAUGAGAGGGACAAAGAAUCUGACGUGGCCAAUUCAAAGGGGGCUAAUUCGGCACUGGAUCUGCCGAGCCAUACAUCACCCACGGUCCCCAGGACCCUGCGCGCCGAGGACGGCGCCCAGUCAGAAUGCACAGAUUCUGAGCUGAACUUCACAAGUGGCAAUGAAAUGUGGGAGGAGAAUUCGGAACCAAACAAAACUGCAGAUAAGCGUUCCGGUGAAAAUGUAGACAUGGAAGAGGAAGGAGAGCAUUCAAAAGAAAGGAAAAAUGGGUUAGCCAAGGCAAACCAUAGCCACUCCGCAGAUGAAUCUGGCAAAUUGAGUGAAAAUGGGUUCCUCCAGAGCCCUGGUGAUGCUGACUCGACAGAAAAGGAGGAAGGUCCAAACUCAGACUGUCCUACAUCUGACAAAGUUGACAGUGAUGCAGACAGCACAGACAGAUCUGAGGCAGGAAACACCGCAGGAUUUCAAAAUAAGCUGGAGGACGUGGAAAAAAGAAUCACUUAAAUCCAUGGGGUCACAGCACAUAAAUCAACAGGAGCAGUCGGGAGAGCACAGACGGACGAACGCUGACUGCACUUCCGCCAUUUACUCAUGUUGCCGGCAAAACUGCAGAGCUUACCGAUCAACAAGGGAUUCUGUCAUGCUUUGCGGGGUUUAUAAAAUCAGAUAAUGAAGGCAGAUAAUUCGGCGUCCAGCUAGUUAAAAGACAGCCUUUCUCCAUUUGACUCCAAAAUUACAGUUUAUAGACACCAACAUGACCUCCUUUCCAACAGGGCAGUGUAUUGCAAAGAUCGUACCAUGAAUCGGAAUGUGAUUGACUCACUUGCUGGCCUUCAAGCCAUACUUUGAUCCGAAGCCUAAUCAGACUACUGUAUAUUGAUUUUAUAAAUUUGAAUCAGUUGUUGACUGUUUUCACUAAUGACAUCCCGGCACUAAAAGCAUUUUUAUGAACACCAAAGCCAAUGUAUGAUAGCUGUGGUGUACGGAACUGCAGGAAGCUCACAGGUGGAGAGCAUUUUGCAGCUCCACUGCAAAAAGAAUCUGAAGCAAAGUUGUACUUAUUUUCGGGGUUAUUCCAGUGUUGUGCAUUGUUUUUUUAGGGUUUAUUCAAAAUUGACUGUUUUCGUCAUAUCAUGAAAAGGAACAUGUAUAAGGGAACAAAAAUUGUUUUCAUACACUAUAAAUUGUAUUAGUAAAACGAAUAACCAGUUAACAUACUAAAUAAAAGAAUGAAAGUAACAUGUUUUACAAGUUUCUUUUUUAUACUAAAUUUAAAAUGCCAUUUCAGUUUUUCAGUAUUCAAAUAUUGGCAAGAAAUACAUCUGACAUACACUAUGUAAAUAUAAAAGCAACCAGUACAAAUACAGGCAAGAGUCUAAUAUUUAGCUCGUUGCUACGAUACUUGACAGAAAAACAAAGCUAUUUCUAGUAAGAUAAAACAGUUCCAUGUUACUAUCCCGCCGGUAUCUCGUCCGUUAAGUUACUCUAGUUAAGAGAUUGUGGCCAAUUAUAUGGGAAAAUAAAAAAGCAAUCAGUCCUGAAAGGUGUCCAAGUACUCAAUGAAUCACAGGAAGAGGCAUAACACUUAAAUAGGACUGGCUGUACCAUGGGCCGUUGGGUGCGCAGCUUUAAUCGAGGCAGCGUUUUAUAUUCCAAAGGCGCAGCGCGCAGGCGGAGACGCGCCUCGGUCGGGAGCGCGCAUCGGCCGGGACCGCCGCGUGCCAGGUGGGCGCGCCUGUCUGUGUUUCGGCGGAUAUUUGAGGCUCCUGAGCUGGUGUUUUCUAGCUGCGCUGAAGGCCCAUAAAAUGUCCCGUUGUGGUGAAAUUCUGAGCUACAUACUUUAAAGAUAAAAGGAUAUAAAAAAACGGACUUUUUUUCUCUGGAAUCUUUCACACUCAGGUUGGUGGUCACCAUGACAGCAGCCCCUCACACUACAACUCCUUUGUUACAAGGGCUUACUACUCCUCUGCCUGGACAUACAGACUCUGUUGUCAUUGGAGUGGUGGUGUUUUUUGUCCUGUUGACACUGGGGUGCCUGAGUUUCCUGCUGUACCGGUACAUGUGUGCAAACCGGGGAGACUACAGGACAACAGGAGAGCCUGCCCCAGGGGAAGACCUACAGCAGGUCGACUACGAUAAAGAGCCAGAUGACAAGAAGGAGUAUUUCAUAUGAACAGCGUCUGGAAACAAAAAUAAGAAAUUAAAAUAAUGGAUGCGUCAUAGAUGUUUGGGUCUCAAACUUGGGUCUUGGGGCUGUUGGUGUGCGGGAGAGAUGAGAUGACUGUAAGUGAGCAGCAGAAAAGAGGCCUUAACGUUAGAAGCAGCAUCAGGGGAAACUGCUACAAACCCAAGGUACUUUCAGACAGAGCAUCUCUUUUUGUUUUCCUUUUACAUGGCAGACUAGUUCAUACAGUACAACUACUUUUGUUUUUACACAUGUGCUCAGUUCCCUUGACAAGUUAGACAUGUCUUCCAUCCAGGUUCAAUAAUUGGUUGGUUUCGUUUGACGAGAUCAGAAGCGAAAUGAUUGGUUUAUUUUUAAAUAAAAUAAUUUUUAGGAAUUUUAUGUACUGUCAGUCACAAAACUUUUAAAUGCACGUUCGUUUUUUCUUCUUUUUCUGCACAAUAAAACUGGAACGCCUGCUUUAGUGUGGCAAUUAGACCCUGUUAACAUUAUCAAUGCAAUGUGGACAUGAUGGCAAACAGGAAAAGCGACAGCAUCACUACGAUGCUCUGUUAUAUGUCUGCUAUUCUGUCCUGUCAAGGGCUGGCAAGUAUGAGCCUGUUACCAAAUGUCGAGGGUGUACGCAAAGUGUUACUGACCCUGAAAUCUGUAGCACGCACAAUAUCCUCAAUCGACCUCCUGCCUUUGUUACCUUAAACAAGGUGUUGGUGUUUGUUACUACUUGGAUAUCACAGUGUAUUUUUUUUUUAAUUCUUGGUGUUAGCAUUGAUGUUUUUUCCUAUUAUUAUUUUAAACACUCCACAGGGCAUUGUACGUGAGUCAAGAAAUGUUGGACCACGUUAAAAAUGUUGUUGAAGGCAAAAGAUAUACAGUUUGAAUAACUGCUAAUGAAGGCUUUUUCCUGUUUUGCGUUGCAGUUAUGGAAAAUAUUUAAGGAAAUAAAAUGCGAAAAGAUUA